GUCAGUUUGCCUGAGGUUGACAGGAGGUUCAGCAUUUGUUAAUAUUUUUCUAUUAUCUUUAUUUUUUUUUAAGAUUAAAUCCACAGUGUUGAUAUAUGAAGAGGAUGGAACAGUUUCUUAUUGUUGUGUUAUUAGCAGGAGGAACUCAUGCUUUCUUUCCAGUUGAUGAAACUACAUGUGAUCUCAAUGCAAACAGAUGUCCAUGCUCUCCUCUUCUUAAAGGAACUGUGUAUAUCCAGUGUGAUGUGAUGGCUAAUGCUAGUGGCCGUGAUGUGAAGUGUUUGAAGGUGCUUCCCAGGGUGAACAUAACUGUGUUUGAUCUCAAGAAAGAAAAAAUAAUGAUAGACAAGGAAUUUAACAACAGACUACAGUUUAUGAACGGGACACUCAAGAUCACAAAUGUGAAGAGGAAUGAUUCAGGUCAAUACAGCAUUGAGGUCUUUAAUUCAAAUGGAGUCCAAGAGAAAAACAUUGUUUUCACCCUGGAUGUUAAAGAAAAUGGCAAAGUUGAAGGUUUGGAAACUUGCUGUGACAUUAAACAGCAUGGAGCUCAGUGUUAUGGAUCUUUAGGUGGAAAUGUGGACAUCCAACUGAUGGACAAUACCUCAAAGACAUCAAAAUACCAAUUGAUAAAAAAUUCAUUAAAAAUACUAAAUGUCAGAAAUAAUAAAGUUCUUCCUAAUGCUGAAGGACAAAGAUUUGUCUUUUCUCCCAGUAAUGGAACAUAUAGGAUUCCUAAGAUGAGCAGGAAUGACAGUGGUAAUUAUACCCUUCAAACCUUUGAUUCAGAUGGAAGAGCAUCAGGCGAGUGGACUUUACAGUUGUCUAUUCAAGCUCCUGUGUCCUCUGUCCUGCUGGUCUUGGAGUGUCUGUCCCAGGGAGAGAUGAGGGCGUCCUGCUCCUCUGAGGGAGGGGACAGUCUUCAGUAUAGCUGGACUCUGAAUGGACACACACUGACAGAUGCUGAGCUCCUUUCUGUAAAUAAUGAGACUAACAUUAUUACCCUGAAACAGCACGUCUCAGGACAUCUGGUCUGCUCAGUCAGGAACAACGUCAGUAAUAUCUCCAAAGAGGAGAGAAUAUCUACCUGUGAAGCAGGUAUUUUGCAAGUGAUCGGUGGUGUUCUCUUAGCACUGCUAAUUUUAUUAGUUAUUGGUAUAGCAAUCAUCUUUGAUCAGAGGAAAAAACAAAACUACAAACCUACAAAGGAAAAAGACGAAGAGGAUGACCAAGUGGAGCUCAGAGCAGCAGUGAAUUUGCAGGCCGAGAUUGAGCUGGAGUUCGAUGUCGAGAUUGAGAGUGAAGAUGAAGAUGAGGGUGAGGGCGAGGGUGAGGCAGAGGCAGAGGCAGAGAAAAAGGUGGAAGUGGAGUAUGCCCAGGUCAAGUUUCCAAAGCAACCUCGACACACUCAACCAACAGGAGAUAAUUAUUUAUAUGCAACAGUCCGUAAAAUGAGGUGAUUUAAAUGGUCGGUGUCUUUAUACAGACUGCACCACUGAAGGUCCACAUGAGGAGGUGACAUCAAGACACAUAAAGACACUUUUAAUUAUCAGGCAAAUACACAAAGCUCAGCUGAUUAAAACAGAGCAUCAAUGCAUCCAGUUUUAGGUUCCUUCCAUGUUUAAUUACAAGCAAUAUGUGCAUUGUCUGCAUUUGCAUUGUGUUAAAGCUCUGAUAGAAUUAAGGUCAUAAUUGUAGUCAUCCUUUAAAUGAAAAUGAUUAAAGUAAAAAGUGUGGUGAACAUUUCUAUGAAUUUCUGUGCAGCAAAAACUUGAAACAGUGAUAAAGCAUCAAUGUAAAUAAGGCCCAGCAAAGGCUCUUUAGACUGCUGGCAAACUUCUAUAGAUAUGCAACAGAAAGCAUCAUCUAUUGUAGUAUGACAAUAUGGCAUGGCAGCUGCACGGCACAGGACAGAAAUGACAUGGCCAGGGUAGUGAGAACAGCACAGGGCACUGUGGGAAAUCUUCUCCCAGAUCGGGACUCUGUGUAUACUUGCUGUGUCCAGAAGAAAGCCAGCUGCUCUGGUGCAGAUCCCACACACUUGAGUAAAUGACUGUUUGUCCGUCUGCCUUCUUGAAGGUGGUUUAGGACUAAGCAAGAAGCAUUAGACUGAAGCACACUUUUUCCCCUAGAACAAUGAACUCUAUCACCCCCUGUGCAUACACACACACACACACACACACACACACACACACACACACACACAGGACAACUGCACUUUGGAACAUGUAACUACAAUGCUACCGUAUUUUCCUGUUCUGUAUAUUUAUAUAUUAUGUAUCUUUCUGUGCUUUGUAUACUAGUUGGUAUUAAGCUGACCACACGUAAUUCCGUUAUGUGACUGCAUAAUAAAGGAAACAACAAAGGAUCUUUGACUCAUUUAAAUCUUUGAAUCAGCCAUUCAAAACAAUGGACAAUGCACAACAGAGCUGUAGGUGAAAGUUCAGGCAGGGUGGAGAGGGUGAAGAUGAGUGUCAGGGUGAUUUCUGAAAGAAGGGUAUUGGAGCUAGAAUGAAAGGGACGGUUUCCAAGAUGGUAGUAAGACCUCCUAUGAUGGAUGGAGUGCUGAUUUGGAGACAGAAACAAGAGACAAAGCUGGAGGUGGCAGAGUUGACAAUAUCAAGAUUUACAGUUGAGUGUCCAGCAUGCACAAGAUUAUAAGUAAUUAUUUCAGUGGGGCAAGAAAAGUAGAUUUAGAAUGUAAAAAAGUAAACUGUGAAUUUGUUUUAAGAAUAAAGUGCUAACAAAAAUGUUAUCUGUGAUGUGUGAUGUACUUCUUGAUCUGGUCCCUGAACAUACCUGCAAAGGAUGCAACGUUUCCAGCUCAGAGUAACUCUUUAUUACAAACUAUGAACAAUGCUUCUGAUGUUGUCCACUCAACUCAACUGAUGUAGGGCACCAGCUCCUUACUGUUAGCUUAUCUUCUC